AUGAGUGAGACUAACGGUAUUGCCGGGAGCAAGUCUCUGUCCGGCUUGAAGGUUCUGAUCUUCGGUGCUGGCUUCGGUGGACUGGCCUCGGCUAUUGAAUUGCAGGUACGAGGCGCCACGGUCAAGGUGCUCGAGUUGUCUCCGGACAUGAGAAAGCAAGGUGAGUUGAGAUGCAUAACAACGUAUCUAUCGUGCGAUGUCAUCAUGAUGGGCCCCAACGCGACCAUGAUCAUGAAGAAGUGGGGACAGUGCCUGCCGGAGCUCCUGAAGGGCGCCGCCCAGCCCCGACACAUGGUGAUCGCUAACAAGGAAGGCAAGGUGUACCUGCGUCAGGAGCUGGAACUGCACUUUGACGGCAACCCGGGCUGCUACACCAGCCGCGGCCGGACGCAGCAGAUCAUGUACGACCACGCCAAAUCGCUAGGGGUCGAGGUCGUCUUCGACGCCCGCGUCACGGACGUCACUGAGACCGAGGAGUCGGCCACCGUCACGACGGCGGACGGCCAGACCUACACUGGCGACGUGGUCAUCGCGGCCGACGGCGUCCACAGCAAAGCCCGCGCCGUCGUGGUCGGCGUCAAGGACCGGCCCAAGAAGAGUGGAUUUGCCGUCUACCGGUCGUGGUUCGACUUUGCGGCCUUGCGACAGAAUCCCAAGACCAAGUUCCUGGCGGACUCGGAGGAGGCACUGUUCCAGAUGUGGAUCGAUCAGGACAAACACGCCAUCAUCACCACGAACCCUAAUUUGCAGAAAGCCACUUGCUUUGUAACUCACAAGGACACAGCCGACAUUAAGGAGGACUGGAAUUUGCCCGGAGACGCUGCAGAUAUGCUGGCCAUGGUGGAAGGUUGGGACUCUUUGCUCACCGAGGUGAUCAAGCAGGUGCCUCGAGAUUGUCUGAUUGACUACAAGCUCCUCUGGCGAGACCCUGUGCGUAAAUGGGUCUCGGACCACGGUCGCGUUGCCCUGGUCGGCGACGCCGCGCAUCCUCACCUGUCGACGUCCGGCACGGGCGGUGCCCAGGCCAUUGAAGAUGCGGCCACGAUCGCGGCACUGCUUGAGAAGCUGGGCAAAGGCAAGGCUGCACUUGCGUUAAGAGCGUAUGAGAAAUUAAGAUAUGAACGGACCAGCCUGACGCAACGGAUGGGAUUCGAAACGCGACACGUGUGGUACCAGACGGAUUGGGAGGCGGUGUCCAAGAACCCCGAAGUGUUGAAAUUUCCUCAGCCGGCCUGGCUGAAUGGUAUAGAUGCGGGCGACUAUGCGACCCGGAGGUGCGAAGAGGUCGUUGCACACCUAGAGGGUGGUGCUCCGUUCGCCUCGACCAACAUCCCAGAUGGCUUCGUACAUGAAGACUGGACGAUUGAGGAAAUGCUUGCCCAUGAAGGCAAAAAGGGCGAUUUCUACAAGACCAGGUAG